AAAAUAAACCAGCGCAGCCCCCGUCGCCGUCGAGGCCUCCUCACGCCUCACACCCCCCAUCCCACGCGGCCACGCCCCUCCGGGCCAGGUGUUGAAGCACCGCGGCGGGGACGAAGCAAGCGCGCCGCCGGCUCCCGGUCUCCUCCGCCUCUGCUCCCAAGCGACAGUUUCUUUAGUGCACAAUGUCUGGGUGUACAGCAAUCUUGCGGCGGUCAUCUCAGAAUCUUAUGGAGUUAUCAAUUGGGUCCAUAUCUUCUGGUGCCUCUUUGAGGGGAUUCAGCAGCUGUGCAAGGGGCAGCAUAAAACCAGGCAAUUCAGUUAUUGGGCAGAUGAAGGCAAUGGAUCGUUUUCCUCCAAUCAAUGGUGUGUCAAGAGCCAGUAUAAUCCCACUUGCUGCUCAUAUGGGCACUAAUUGGUUGAAUACUUCAAAGCCCAGUUUUAAUCCAUUGCCAGGACCUUUAGGUGUUUCCAGCAUCCGCCGUGCAUACUCAUCAGACACUGGAAUUAAGCCCGAAGUCCCAAUUGUUCCUCCCACUGAAAAUGCCGAGGUUGUUACUGGAGGCACCACUUGGAUGGACAUGUUUGAAAAUGCUCGCAGCACCACCAUUGAUGCUACGGCUGAUGCAGGCAAGAAAGUUAAGGAGAUGACUGAUGCGGUAACACCACACGUGCACCAGUUUUUUGAGACAUAUCCAGAUCUUGAAAAGGUAGUUGUUCCACUUGGAGGAACAUUAUUUGGUACACUGAUGGCAUGGUUCGCCAUGCCUAUCAUCUUCAAGAGGCUUCAUAAUUAUGGGUCCCAAAACCCGAUAUCAGCACUUUUGGGGAACUCAAUCAAUACAGAUGCUUCAUAUGGCACCAGCAUUUGGAGUGCAUUGGAGGAUCCUGCAAAAUACUUCAUCACAUUUAUGGCAUUUUCAGAGAUGGCUGCAGUGAUCGCACCAAGUGUAUCACCUUAUUUUCCACAAGCAUUGAGGGGCGCAUUUGUGCUAUCUGUUGUCUGGUUUCUUCAUAGGUGGAAAGCAAACUUUAUCACUAAAGCUAUGGCCAACCAAACUGCCUUAGUUACUGACAAAGCCAGGUUAUCAGCUUUUAACCAAGUUUCAUCAUUGGGACUGAUUGCACUUGGUGUAAUGGGUCUUGCCGAGGCUUGUGGUGUAGCUGUUCAAUCAAUAUUAACUGUUGGUGGUGUGGGAGGUGUUGCUACGGCUUUUGCUGCUAGAGAUGUCCUGGGUAACGUGCUGAAUGGGUUCUCCUUACAAUUUUCUAGGCCAUUCUCAGUUGGAGAAUACAUAAAGGCUGGGUCAAUAGAAGGCACGGUAGUCGAAAUAGGACUUACUUCAACUUCAAUGAUGAGUCCAGAAAAGCUUCCUUUUACAGUACCCAACUCUCUGUUCUCGAGUCAGAUUAUAGUGAAUAGAUCACGAGCUCAGUGGCGAGUAAGUGUGACCAAGAUUCCUAUAAGACUUGAGGAUAUUGAGAAGGUUCCUGCUGUAGCAGAGGAGAUAAAGGCUAUGUUAAGGUCCAACCCAAAAGUUAUCUUGGAAACAGAUGCUCCUUACUGCUACCUCUCAAGAUUGGAAAGUUCAUAUGGAGAGCUUGUGAUAGGGUGCAUCCUCCAAAAAAUGAGAAAGGAAGAGUUGAUUUAUGCAGAACAGGACAUUCUUUUGGGAGCUGCCAGGAUUAUUAAGUCACAUGGCGUUGAAUUUGGAAGCACCACACAGUGCUGCUGAUUCUGAUGUUGUCUCAAACUCAAGUAGGGUGAACGUCGUUAGCCUGGAGCAGUACAUAUGCGGUGGGUAGAGGAGAUUUUGCUUGGUGUGCGAAGGCAGGGAUCUCUUUCGGAAUCAAGGUGGGACUUUUGUUGAUGUGCUAAAUUUGGCGACAUGCAUCAUCCGUUGCCGGAGAAUAUAUUACUGUCAAGCGUUAAAACAUUUUGCGACGUACGUUGAUUAGUGAGUAGGUUUUCCACGAUUCGUCGGUGUGUUCAAGUCGUGGUAACUUCAAACACAUGCAGUGGCAUGAUCCACAUGAGGGCCCGGGAUUUGGCCUUGGAACUCUAAAUGCUGGAACAUCGACAUGCGUGCAAGUAUUGUUUUGACGCAUGGAUAGGCGUGAUAGACACCUUUGUCCUGAA